GUUUGCCUACAUACAGCUGUGGAAACCACGCGCUCUCUCCUAAUCCUAGCUCUAUCUUUCUUGAUCUCUGGCUCUCUCUGUUGAUGGCAAGAGGAAUGGCGGCCUUCCCUGCUGGACUCAGGCUCCGUAUAACUACUGUUCUGGUCCUAAUCCUUGUUCCUCAAGCUUCUAGUCUCAAGAAUAAUCAUCACUACUGUCCUCCUUCUUCCUGUGGCAAUAUCCCCAACAUCAGCUAUCCGUUUCGACUUAAAGGCGAUCCACCAAACUGUGGAGACCAAAGGUAUGAACUCUCAUGUGAUGACAACAAUCACACGUUGUUAUCUUUACAUGAUGGUAGUAAAUACUACGUAAGCCAAAUCAAUUACAACAACUACACAAUCCGAAUUGUAGACUCAGGCAUUCAGGAGGAUAAUUACUCCUUCAUCCCUCGUUAUUUUCUAAACCUUGAUAGUCUGGGGCUGCCGAACUGGGAUUCAUUAUCAGAAGUUGUGGCUAUUGCGAACUGUGAAAAGCCAGUGACUUCGGCUUCCCCUUUCCAUUUGGAAACGACUUCUACGAAUUGUUCUAAUAUCAAUAAGGGAUAUGGGUCUUCUUCCAACUCCUCUUUUUUUCAAGAGUCCGAACGGUACAUAUAUCUUAUUGUUGGCUAUGGAGUGAAUGUGAUGGAUGUGGAGGAGUCGUGCAAGAUAGAGCAAAUGUCUCUGGCACCGUGGCCAGUACAAAUGUAUGAUGAUCCUGAUAUUUCCUGUACAGACAUCCGCAAUGUAUUCUCAUAUGGUUUUGAGCUUUCAUGGUACCAUAUUUAUUGUGGAAGCUGCGGAUCAUACCGUUAUUGCAGCAUCGAUGACUACGAUCAUCAAGUUCAUUGCUACCGAUCAUGGAGAAAUAUAAAUACUUGGGUUACUUUCUUACGAGAACUGGUCGCACAUGUAGCUAAGUAUACUGGAUUGUUAUGGCUCAACGGUAAGAAUUUGUAUCUGUCUGAUCUAUUUGUCUACUUUCAUCUUUAAACCGUUCAUUCCUUCAGCAAUGAAACAUGAAAAUAGUUCAAACUUGAAGAUAAGAUCAGAUAUAUAUAUAUAUAUAUAUAUAUAU